AUGGUUAGGCCCAUAACAGAGUAUGCCAGCGUAGUAUGGGACCCAGUCACACAGAAGGACAUCAACAAGAUCGAGAUGGUCCAGAGAAGAGCCACCCGUUUUGUCUACGUGAAUAUUUUGAUUUUAACGGCACGCUUCUGCUGGGCAUGCGGAGCAAAUAAAGUCUGCGAUAAUACUCCAGAGGAGAAGUUUAUUCUUCUGAAUAAGUUAAGACGAUCAGGUGAGUGCAAACGAAAAACACAAGAAAUGCAGAGGCGAGACUGUUAUAUGGAAAACUUACAAGAGCUAGAUGAAUCCUUGCGUAUCCUGAAGAACAAUCACUGUUGCAACGUGGGCUGGGUUCAGUUUCAAAACAAAUGUUACCUGUUCAGCCAUACAACUGAAACCUGGUCGGAUGCCGCAAGUGUUUGUCGAGUAUUCAACUCAAUUCUAGCUGAGCCAAGAAGUGAAACUGAAUCGAAAUUUUUGAUCGGUCACAGUCAAGGCCAAGGAGGCAACUUCUGGAUUGGCAUAUCUGACAUCAUAGUGGAAGACAGAUGGGAAUAUUCUUCUGAUCAGAGUGUCGUAACCAUUAAUCAAUUUUACCCAGGGGAACCCAAUGAACAUAUUACUGGAAAUUGUCUCAUUUUGUGGGAGGCCUAUCAUGGACUGUGGGGGGAUUAUUAUUGCUCAAAACCAAAUAAAUUCAUCUGUGAAACAGACAUAAGGUCACAUGAGACGGAGAUCAUUGGAUGA